CAGUAAAUGAUACCAAACAAAUGCACAUAAGUAAUAAGUAGUCAUCUUAAAUGUAAGUAAUGUUAUCAUUAAGUAAUCUUAAGGUGUCGCUCACCUCGUCUGUCACUCACUACAACGUUAUAUGAUACCACAGCGACCUCUUGUGGCCGUAUGUACACACGUCCGCUGUCCACUGGCGGCAUUAGUGUGUCAUUGAUGAUUUAAAAGUGUUUAAUGAACCCGUGAGAAGAGUAAUAGAAACACACAAAGACAUGACUGCUCCGUGGAAAGCAACCGUCAUAGUCAGCGCCACACUACAGAACCACAACAUUAGCAGCAUGCUAACAGCACAGCAGCAUCGUAUCAGGUCCUCAGACAGCGUGGAGCACGGAGCCUUUAUUUUCCCUCUGUCAGGAAUUGCAUUUCUAUUGUUGGACACUCAGGACGUCCCCGAGCAUUUUGAGGAGUCAGGACUCACUGAGAGGAUCAACAAGUUUGUAUUCUUUGGCACUAAUCUCAGGAUUCUGCCCGUACGAAACAACACUGAGGUUGUCAAAGGAAUGCUAACAAUCGCCAAGGCCACCAGUAAGCCCCAUGUGGACAGUAUGUGUGACCGCAUGUCUCUGGCUCAGGCUCACGUGGUUGAAAACAGUCCAGUGUGGGAGAUGCUCAGAGACAUCCAGCUCAGUUGAUGAUCAUGCAUAUGCAGCAUGUUCCCACUAAGCCCCGUACUUCUAGAACUUUAUACAGUGAACAUAACAAAUGUGAAGGUUAAAGAUGUUUGUUCUGCUUUCUUAUAAAAAGCCACACACUGUUUCAUCUUUUGGUAUCGAUGGAUGUCUUUAGUAUCAUAUCGGGCAUCGUUACUCUCUGUAAAAAUAAAGACAUGAGGAAAGACUCAACAGUUUCAUUUUAUUUCUUCAGGAGUUGAAUUUGAAGUUGGUGGAA